AUGGUUCUCGGAUUUUCAUUCACAGACUUCAGAAAGGCUUUCUGGAGGUCUCUGAUUGAGUACUUUGAGACUAGCAAUCUUCAUGGGUAUCGUGAAUUUGUCAAUGGUGAUACCUUCUGGAUCAGAAGGAUUGUGUGCAUCUGGAUGCCAAUUUUCUGUACUGGCUGGGGCAUUCAACUUGUCCUGCACGAAUACUAUUUCUUCGUGUCCAAUCCCAUGAUAACCACCCUUAUUUCUAGUCAAUAUCCAGCCCACAAUUUUCCCUUUCCGGCUGUGGCAAUUUGCCCAAAUAAUAAAAUUAGUCAUGAUGCAGCUUGGAAUUAUGCAGUGGAAUUGCACAAUAGAUCCAAUGGAGUCAAAGAUGUGGAGUUCAUCUUUGAGAAGAUUAAAUACUUGGGCCAUUUAAUUGAUGGUCAAGAUCCAUAUCCUAGUGAAGCUAUAUGGCUCCAGGAAUUUCUGGACAAAUAUGAUGUUCCCAGUCCAUCAGGUUGGAUGGAUACGAGGGAAUUGAUGAGACGUUUAAUGCCUAAAUGCGACCAUCUCCUAUUGAAAUGCAUUUAUGAGGAUACAGAAGUCAAUUGUUUUAAAAUCUUUGAUUUUCGACGGACAAUUGAGGGCUUCUGCUGCUCAUUCAACUAUCUUCGGGAAACUGAUGAUUUUAAGACAUCAGAUGGACUAAUUUAUCCCAAGCUCACAGGGAUUGGUAAAGGAUUGAAAGUAGUGAUCAAUGCUUCAACGAAUGACUACCUGUAUCCACUUUUUACAAAUGACGGUUUCAAUGUUCUCAUCUUCUACCCUCAUGAUUAUCCGGAUCCGUCUGCAGGGCUCAUUAUUAAGAGAUUUGUUGGGCCUCUGAUGGAAUCUUUCAUUCAAAUGCGUGUGAUCAUUGUGAAAGCUCUGGAGAGUGUGCAUUUCUUCUCUGAAGAUCAACGAGGAUGUCGAUUUCCGGAGGAUUUCUUGGAGGAAUACAAUAAAUUCUACAGCUACAGUGAUUGUCUGAUCAAAUGUCGUGUGCAUAGUCUUAUUGCUCUUUGUGGAUGCGUCCCAUUCUUUUUGCCGAGGAAUUUUCAAGAUCCUGCAAUGGCUACAAGUCCCAUGUGCAACCUCAAUCAUCUUCCUUGCCUUGAUAAGUACAGGAUCAAAGUUCGUAUCUACCGUCCAAAAAUUACUUCUGUGAAAGGACUCGAAAGGGAACUGGAAGAUUCUCUGGAUUGCCCAGAGUGUCUUCCACUGUGCUCGUAUGUCCGUUACGGAGUAGAUCAAACCAAUUCCUAUAUCUCUUCAAAUAUAGACGAACGUCCAGGGAAUGGUUUUCUUGAGGAAUUCAUCAAUAAGACCAACAUUUCGAUUAUUAAUGUGUACUUUGCCAAUGCCGAUUCAAUUCUGUAUCAUCAAACUGUUCGGAAUACUUGGUAUGGACUUCUGAGUAGUCUAGGUGGGACUCUAGGACUCUGUAUAGGCUUCUCAAUUGUUAGCGUCAUUGAGUUCCUCUAUCACAUGACUUUCAGGGUAUACAGGGAACUCUAUCCUUUGGAAAAGAUUGAGUAUCGUGAGAGAGUGUCCUACAAGGACAUGGAAAAGAUUCUCAAUCGAAAAUUUCAGAAGUAA